GUCGUUGCCCUAUAUAUAUCUCUCUCUCUCUCUCUCUCUCUCUGAGCUUCUCUCACUGAUCUUCUCUCUGGUUUUUCUCAACCGAUAAGCUGAUUAAUCGAUCAAUCAAUGGCGGAAAAGAACUUUAAGUACGUAAUCCUCGGUGGUGGCGUCGCAGCUGGAUAUGCAGCUAGGGAAUUUGCCAAACAGGGAGUUAAGCCGGGUGAGCUGGCAAUCAUUUCCAAGGAGGCGGUGGCGCCUUAUGAACGUCCUGCACUGAGCAAGGCAUAUCUGUUUCCUGAAGGAGCUGCUAGACUUCCAGGGUUUCAUGUCUGCGUUGGAAGUGGAGGAGAAAGACUACUUCCUGAUUGGUACUCAGAGAAAGGGAUAGCACUGAUUCUUAGCACAGAAAUAGUGAAGGCCGACCUUGCAACAAAGACCCUUGUUAGUGCAGCUGGUGAUACCUUCAAAUAUCACAUUUUGGUUAUUGCAACUGGUUCUACGGUUUUAAGGUUGACCGACUUUGGUGUACAAGGGGCUGAUUCUAAAAACAUCUUUUACUUGAGAGAAAUUGAUGAUGCUGAUAAGCUUGUGGAAGCAAUUAAAGGAAAGAAAAACGGGAAGGCUGUAAUUGUUGGAGGAGGAUACAUUGGUCUCGAGCUUGGUGCAGUGAUGAAAAUCAACAAUUUUGAUGUCAACAUGGUUUACCCAGAACCAUGGUGCAUGCCUAGGCUUUUUACUUCUGAAAUAGCUGCUUUCUAUGAGGGUUACUAUGAAAAUAAGGGAGUCAAAAUCAUCAAGGGAACAGUAGCUGUUGGGUUCGACGCAGAUGCAAAGGGAGAGGUUAAACAAGUUAAACUCAAGGAUGGUAGGGUGAUGGAAGCUGACAUUGUCGUUGUUGGCGUUGGUGGAAGACCUCUUACAGUGCUUUUCAAAGGACAGGUUGAAGAGGAGAAAGGCGGAAUUAAGACCGAUGGGUGCUUCAAAACAAGUGUUCCUGAUGUAUAUGCUGUGGGUGAUGUGGCUACUUUCCCGAUGAAAUUGUAUAAUGAGAUUAGAAGAGUUGAACAUGUUGACCAUGCUCGUAAAUCAGCUGAGCAGGCUGUGAAGGCUAUAUUCGCAAGUGCGCAAGGGAAGUCUAUUGACGAGUAUGAUUACCUUCCGUUCUUCUAUUCCCGUUCCUUCGAUCUGUCGUGGCAGUUCUAUGGCGACAAUGUGGGUGAUACAGUGAUUUUUGGAGACAACAGUCCAACAUCACCGAAGCCCAAAUUUGGAUCAUACUGGAUCAAAGAUGGCAAGGUUGUGGGUGUGUUUCUGGAGAAUGGGACUCCGGAAGAAAAUAAGGCCAUUGCUAAAGUUGCAAGGGACCAACCCCCCGCUGGGAGUUUAGACCAACUGGCGAAGGAGGGUCUCGGUUUUGCUUGUAAGAUUUGAAGAUUGCGAAUGUUGGGGUGUGGGGAUGGAGGAAGAGACUGAAAUUUCUACCAUCUGUACUUGGUUUUCGUUAUUUACUUUAACCUGAUCGUCUGGUACAUUACGGAAAACUGAUGGUUUGUUUAUUUGCUUGUUUACAUAGAUGGUGUUAUCUUUUCUUUUGAA